GUAGCUAGUUUGAUCCUCAGCGCCUGCCGUAGGCUGCUGCUUGUCAGCUGCCGGCGCCUUUGUGGAGCGGCGGAAGCAGAGCGGGUGCGGUGGCCAAGGGACGGCUGGAGCAGAAGGAGGUCCCGCUGCAAGUUUCAGCUAUGUCUGACAAAAGUGAACUGAAGGCAGAAUUGGAGCGCAAGAAGCAACGAUUAGCUCAAAUCAGGGAGGAGAAGAAAAGAAAGGAGGAAGAAAGAAAGAAAAAAGAGACUGAUCAGAAGAAAGAAGUGCUUCCUGUACAAGAAGAAUCUGAUCUUGAAAAGAAGAGAAGAGAGGCUGAAGCAUUACUUCAGAGCAUGGGGUUGACACCUGAGUCUCCUGUUGUCCCUCCUCCUACCUCUCCAUCUUCCAAAUCUGUGAGUACACCAAGUGAGGCUGGAAGUCAGGACUCUGGAGAUGGCGCUGCUGGAUCUAGGACGCUGCAUUGGGAUACUGAUCCAUCAGUUCUUCAGCUCCACUCUGAUUCCGAUCUGGGACGUGGACCUGUUAAACUUGGAAUGGCCAAAAUUACACAAGUUGACUUUCCUCCUCGAGAAAUUGUUACAUACACAAAGGAGACACAAACGCCUGUUAUGACUCAGCCAAAGGAAGAUGAGGAAGAUGAAGAUGAUGUGGUCGCACCAAAACCAUUAGUUGAACCUGAAGAAGAAAAAACGUUCAAAAAGGAGGAGGAGGAAGAAGCUGCCCCACAUGAACUUACAGAAGAGGAAAAACAACAGAUUUUGCAUUCUGAAGAAUUUUUAAGUUUCUUUGACCACUCCACAAGGAUUGUCGAAAGAGCCCUUUCUGAGCAAAUCAACAUUUUUUUUGACUACAGUGGAAGAGACUUAGAAGACAAAGAAGGAGAGAUUCAAGCUGGAGCAAAACUGUCCUUAAAUAGGCAGUUUUUUGAUGAACGCUGGUCAAAGCAUCGUGUUGUCAGCUGUUUGGACUGGUCAUCUCAGUAUCCAGAAUUGCUUGUAGCCUCAUACAACAACAAUGAGGAUGCACCUCAUGAGCCUGAUGGAGUGGCUCUUGUAUGGAAUAUGAAGUACAAGAAAACUACCCCAGAGUAUGUCUUUCAUUGCCAGUCAGCAGUGAUGUCAGCUACAUUUGCAAAAUUUCAUCCCAAUCUGGUGGUUGGUGGCACGUACUCAGGCCAAAUAGUGCUAUGGGAUAAUCGCAGCAAUAAGAGAACCCCAGUGCAGAGAACUCCACUUUCAGCUGCUGCUCACACGCACCCAGUGUACUGUGUAAAUGUUGUUGGGACCCAGAAUGCUCAUAAUUUGAUUAGUAUCUCAACUGACGGGAAGAUCUGCUCUUGGAGUCUGGACAUGCUUUCUCAGCCGCAGGAUAGCAUGGAGCUGGUUCAUAAACAGUCCAAGGCUGUGGCUGUUACCUGCAUGUCUUUCCCUAUUGGAGACGUCAACAACUUUGUUGUUGGCAGUGAAGAAGGCUCAGUGUACACUGCAUGCCGUCACGGCAGCAAAGCUGGAAUCAGUGAGAUGUUUGAAGGACAUCAGGGACCAAUCACAGGUAUCAACUGCCAUGCAGCAGUUGGACCUGUCGACUUCUCACAUCUGUUUGUCACCUCUUCGUUUGACUGGACAGUAAAACUUUGGACAACUAAGAAUAACAAACCUCUCUACUCCUUUGAAGACAACUCAGAUUAUGUUUAUGAUGUGAUGUGGUCUCCAACUCACCCUGCUUUGUUUGCUUGUGUGGAUGGGAUGGGCAGGCUUGACCUGUGGAACCUCAACAAUGAUACUGAGGUACCAACUGCAAGCAUCACUGUGGAGGGCAAUCCUGCUCUGAACCGUGUGAGAUGGACACAUUCUGGCAGAGAGAUUGCUGUAGGUGAUUCAGAGGGACAAAUAGUUAUAUACGACGUGGGAGAGCAAAUUGCCGUUCCUCGCAGCGACGAGUGGACUCGGUUUGGUCGAACGCUGGCAGAAAUAAACGCGAACAGAGCUGACGCGGAAGAGGAAGCUGCAACCCGCAUACCCGCCUAGAGCUUUACACACAGGCAGCAGUGGUAGUGAUUUGAUGCAAAUCUUAAAAGUAUAAGCAUGUGUCAGUUCAAAUAAUAGCUUAAGGGAGGAAUAUAUGGAUUCAACUAUGGACUUUGGAAAAGUAUAAGGAUCGUUGAAAAUUACUUUUUACACACACAUCCUAGGAUUUGUGUAACUUUUAAUACAGUUAACUGAACUUGCUGAAACACUAACCCGGUGUAAAUUUGCUAUUAGGCUUCUGAAAUUUCCACUUUGUAACAGUAUCUAUGUCUGAAAAAGUAAAGUUCUGUUUUUAAACUAAACUUUCUAUAUUACACAGAUUAACCUCCAUUAGGUAGUAAGGCUCUGAAACAUUCUUUAAGUUGAGCUUUGCAAAUUACCCAUGGAUCUGCAUGCACGUGUUCAACGUUUCAUUGUUUAUAUAUAGGUAAGCCGCAGGCUCUGGUAGCGGGUAAUAUAUGUGAACAAAAAUGUGUCUGUAGUUACAAACUUAUUUGAUAUUUGGACCUGAAUUAAUGAAAUACAUAUUUAAUACCAAGUUCUUUUGUUUGAGUUGGUACAUUAAAAGGCGAAAUUUAUUCACAAAUAAAUACUGUAUGAGGA